GUUUCACAUAGAUGAGAGGGUUAAGAACAAGAGAAGCCCAUAUGAACAGGUUUUUAUUGUAGGAUUUGGAGAAUGGCAAGUCAAAUCAUGUUGGCUGUGCUGCUUUUGGGGAUGAUAAGCAGGGUGAUGCCACAGACUUUAAGUUCAAGUACCGUGACUCCUGAGAUGACUUCAGGUUUCGUGACUCCUGAGGUAACUCCUAACGUGACGUCAGGUUUCGUGACUCCUGAGGUAACUCCUAGUGUGACGUCAGGACCCCUCUACCCAAUUGCUGGAAACACAACAACUCGAUCACUUGAUGGAAGUUCUCCUCAAAUUCCCCUGCAACAACCGUUUGUUUACUUCGGACAGUCCUAUAACCAGAUUUAUGUGAACCACAAUGGACACCUGACCUUCAGUACACCAUGGUCUAAUUUUGUACCUCAAAGGUUUCCAAUGUACGGAUCCAGAGACGUCAUUGCUCCAUUCUGGACAGAUUUUGACAACAGAGGAAAUGGUCAGGUCUACUACAACCAAUACACCAAUGGCAGUGUUCUCCAACAAGCUACACAAGACAUUAAUGAGUACUUCCCAGAGUUGAACUUCAAUGCUACCUGGGUCUUUGUUGCAACAUGGUAUGAGAUGGCCUACUACCCAAUGACUGGAACACAAACAACUGUCCAAGCUGUCUUGAUCUCUGGUGGCCAAUACUCAUUUGUGCUGAUGAAUUAUGGGAUAAUAGCCCCAUCAAGUCACAAUGUACAGGCUGGAUAUGACACAGUCAACUCUGUACACUAUUUCACCAUUCCUGGAUCAUUCUCUUACCAUGCAACAGGAAAUAACUCAAGUUUUCGCCUAGGCAGCAAUGUCAAUGUACCAGGUCGCUGGGCAUUCCGGAUAGACCAUGGCCCACCACUUAAUGAAGACACUGGACCCUUCUACCCAAUUGCUGGAAACACAAGCUCUCGAUCACUUCAUGGAAGUUCUCCUCAAAUUCUCCUACAACAACCUUUUGUUUACUUCGGACAGUCCUAUAAUCACAUUUAUGUGAACCACAAUGGACACCUGACCUUCAGUGCACCAUGGUAUAAUUACAUACCUCAAAGGUUUCCAAUGUAUGGAUCCAGAGACGUCAUUGCUCCAUUCUGGACAGAUUUUGACAACAGAGUUAAUGGUCAGGUCUACUACAACCAAUACACCAGCGGCAGUGUUCUCCAACAAGCUACACAAGACAUUAAUGAGUACUUCCCAGGGUUCAACUUCAGUGCCACCUGGGUGUUUGUUGCAACAUGGUAUGAGAUGGCCUACUAUCCAAUGACUGGAACACGAACAACUAUCCAAGCAGUCUUGAUCUCUGGUGGCCAGUACUCAUUUGUGCUGAUGAAUUAUGGGAUAAUAGCCCCAUCAAGUCACCAUGUACAGGCUGGAUAUGACACAGUCAACUCUGUACACUAUUUCACCAUCCCCGGAUCCUUCUCUUACAAUGCAACAGGAAAUAACUCAAGUUUUCGCCUAGGCAGCAAUGUCAAUGUACCAGGUCGCUGGGGUUUCCUGAUAAACCAUGGCCCACCACUUAAUGAAGACACUGGACCCCUCUACCCAAUUGCUGGAAACACAACAACUCGAUCACUUGAUGGAAGUUCUCCUCAAAUUCCCCUGCAACAACCUUUUGUUUACUUCGGACAGUCCUACAAUCAGAUUUAUGUGAACCACAAUGGACACCUGACCUUCAGUGCACCAUGGUAUAAUUACAUACCUCAAAGGUUUCCAAUGUAUGGAUCCAGAGACGUCAUUGCUCCAUUCUGGACAGAUUUUGACAACAGAAGAAAUGGUCAGGUCUACUACAACCAAUACACCAAUGGCAGUGUUCUCCAACAAGCUACACGAGACAUUAAUGAGUACUUCCCAGAGUUGAACUUCAAUGCUACCUGGGUCUUUGUUGCAACAUGGUAUGAGAUGGCCUACUACCCAAUGACUGGAACACAAACAACCAUCCAAGCAGUCUUGAUCUCUGGAGCCCAGUACUCAUUUGUGCUGAUGAACUAUGGGAUAAUAGCCCCACCAAGUCACAAUGUACAGGCUGGAUAUGACACAGUCAGCUCUACUCACCAUUUCACAAUCCCUGGUUCAUUCUCGAGCAGUGCAACAGGCAGUGACUCAAAUUUCCGCCUGAGCAGCAAUGUCAAUGUAACCGGGCGCUGGGCUUUCCGGAUAGACCAUGGAUCAAGAGGCUGCACUUUCAAUGGUGAACCAGUGCAGCUUGGUGACUCAUUCUGGAGCGACAGUAGCUGUGCACAGAAGUGCACGUGCACCUCAACAGGCCUGCAGUGUCAAAGCCAACCCUGUUCUUUUUCCCAAAUCUGCCGGACAAGUGCCUUUCAGUUCUCCUGCCAGACGGUGCAGAGACGCACCUGCAGCAUAAGUGGUGAUCCACAUUACUAUACCUUCGAUGGCACAGUGUUUCACUUUCAGGGCACCUGCACUUACGUUCUCUCAGAGCAAUGUGGUCGAGGGCUUCCUUACUAUAGAGUAGAGGGCAAGAAUGAGCACCGAGGCAGCACUCAUGUUUCUUGGACACGGCUGGUCAAAGUGUUUGUCUACAAUGAAACCAUCGAGCUUGUCAAGGGACGUCGUGGUGAGGCUAAGGUUAAUGGAAAUUUUGCAGCCACUCCCAUCUCCCUAAGCAAUGGCACUGUCCAGAUUUAUGAAUCAGGUUUUUCUGUGAUUAUCAGUACCGACUUUGGCUUGGCAGUGUCUUAUGACGCCAAUAAUUAUGUCAGGAUCAGUGUGCCCUACACUUACCAGAAUGCAACGUGUGGCCUGUGUGGAAACUUCAACAAUCACCCUGGGGAUGACUUUCAAACCCGCCAGGGUGAGGUUGUGAGCUCUGAUGUGGUGUUUGCCAACAGUUGGCAAGCAUCAGGGGACGAUGAGCCUGGUUGUGAAGCGCAGUGUGGAGGUCUGGACUGCGCUGCCUGCAGUGAGGACCAGACAGCUUUAUACAGCAGUACUGAACAUUGUGGUAUCCUCCAGAACAGUUCUGGACCUUUUGCUGCUUGCCAUCAACCAUUUCCUCCACAGACCUUUGUGGAGAGCUGUGUGUAUGAUCUGUGUGUAGGAGGAGGAUACCAGCCCAUUCUGUGCCAAGCCUUAAAUGCAUAUGCAAGUCAGUGUCAACAGAAUGGUAUACAGCUGCCAAGCUGGAGGAGACAAGGCUUCUGUGAAAUCCCCUGCCCAUCCAACAGCCACUUUGAGUCCCAAGGCACAGGAUGUCCAGCUACCUGUGUCAAUCCCAAUUCUGCCCUGAACUGCCCUCUUCCUGCCCAGGAGAGCUGCAUCUGCAAUUCAGGCUACAUCCUUAGUGCUGGGGUCUGCGUACCCCAUGCUGAGUGUGGCUGUAGCUUUGAGGGUCGCUACUACCGCUCUGGAGAUACCGUAAUACUAGACGAGGACUGUGGGAGACGUUGUAGCUGCAGUUUUGGCUCCAUGACAUGUCACUCCCAUGGUUGUGGCCCACUAGAGUCUUGCAGGGUGACGGAAGGAGAAAGAGGAUGCAGACCUAACAGCUAUGCAACAUGUUGGAUAAGGGGCCCAGGGUCAUAUCAUACAUUUGAUGGACUGACAUACCGGUAUCCAGGGGCAUGUCGCUUGACCCUUGCCAAAGUAAUGGGAUUGUCUAGUCACCCACACUUUAUGGUGACGGCAGAAAAAGUGCCCAGAGGCCAGCAGGGCUUUGCCAGGGUGCUAAGGUUUGAGGCAGAAGGAACACAAGUCUCAGUAGAGAUGACAGGUAGCAGCAUAGUUCAGGUUGAUGGUCAGCGGAUCCGACUACCAUUCAGCUCAGCAUCCAAUCGACUCCAAAUCUACCACAGCAGCAUUCACAGUAUCAUCCUUCGCACCUCCUUUGGUGUAACUGUGCAGACAGUAUGGCCUCACUUUGUGCGUGUCACUGCACCUGGUAUCUACAAUGGAUCACUUGGUGGACUCUGUGGUAAUUACAAUGGUCACCCACAUGACGACUUCCGCACACCCAACGGCAUCCUGGUCAACAGCUCUCAGUCCUUUGGGGACAGUUGGCGUGAUGGUUCCCUUGCUGCACACUGUGUGGACAGCGAAAAUGACCACUCUACCACAAAUAACAACUCUAGUGAGGACUGUGGUAUUCUUAACUCAUCACAUGGGCCGUUUGCUCAGUGUUGGUCCAUGGUCAACCCACAGCAGCAUGUGAAUUCAUGUGUGGAAAUCAUUAGGGCCUCUAGAGAUCCAGCAUCAGCACUGUGUGAGGUCCUACGAGAUUAUGCACUAAUGUGUCAACAGAGGGGUGUUGCACUUACACACUGGAGGAAUGCAACUGACUGUGAGCAAAACUGCCCUCUAAAGAGCCAUUAUGAACUCUGUGGAAGCUCUUGUCCAUAUGCCUGCCCCAGCCUCUCUUUCCCUUUCACUUGUGACACUGUGUGUCAGGAAGGUUGCCAGUGUGAUGAUGGUUUUGUCCUCAAUGGCAACCAGUGUGUACAACCCACAGCUUGUGGAUGCUAUCAUCAGGGACGGUAUCGUUCAGGGGGCGAACAGUUUUGGGAUGGCGAGGAAUGUAACAGCUUGUGUACAUGUGAUGGCACUACUGGGGUAGUCCACUGUAUCCCCAACUCCUGUGGACCCCAGGAGUCCUGCCGUGUGGUGGAGGGAGAGUUUGGUUGCCAUCCCAACCCUCACGGCACCUGCUCUGCCUCUGGCGACCCCCACUACCUCACCUUUGAUGGCAAGGCGUAUGACUUCCAGGGAACGUGCCGCUAUGUUCUGGCGACACUUUGUAAUGCUACUGAUGGUCUCCACCAAUUUUCAGUGGAAGCUAAGAAUGAGCCAUGGAAUGGGUUCCCAGUUUCAAUCACAGCUGAAGUUUUUGUGAAUGUGUGGGGCUAUCGAGUGCGUAUGUCAGGAGAGAGCAGGGGUAUGGUAGAGGUAAAUGGAAUAACUAAAAACCUACCAGUUCUCUUGAAUGGAAGUCGUGUAUCUAUCUAUGCAAGUGGACCUCGCACAUUUGUCAGUGCUGAUUUUGGCCUUACUGUCACAUAUGAUGGAUGGAGUACAGUGUCUAUCUCUGUGCCCUCAAAUUACAGUGGACAAACAUGUGGACUUUGUGGAAACUUCAAUGGAAAUUCAACUGAUGAGUUUCACACCCCAUCUGGAAUGAUGGUCACCACUCCAGAUGAGUUUGGGACAGCUUGGAAGGUGGCAGGAAACUACACCUGCAGUGAUGGGUGUGGUUCCUCCUGCCCACAAUGUACCAAUGAGCUCCCUGCUAGAGCUCAGUGUGAGGUGAUUCAGGCAGCCAAUGGCCCCUUAAGCUUCUGCCAUGAGCAGGUGGACCCAGCACCGUAUUUCAGUGACUGCGUGUUUGAUGUUUGUGUGUCGGGGAAUGAGGGCCAAGAUCUUCUGUGCAGGGCCAUUCAAACAUAUGUCAGUGCCUGUCAGUCUGCUAAUGUUCGAAUUUACCCUUGGAGACAGAACACUACCUGCAGGCUUGAGUGUCCAGACAACAGCCAUUAUGAGCUGUGUGGUACAGACUGUGGCCAUACCUGUUCCAGCAGCAUUGAUGCCAUCUGUGAGCAGGUUUGCUCUGAGGGAUGUUUCUGUGAUGAAGGUUUCGUCAGGAGUGGGACAAGAUGUGUUCCUGUGGAAAGCUGUGGCUGCCAAUAUGAUGGAUCCUACUAUAAUGAUGGUGAGUCCUUCUGGACAGAAGGUUGCGCCCAGCGAUGUGAAUGCCAUGCUCCCAACGACCUGCGCUGUUCUGCUGCAUUUUGCACUCCUGCACAGGAGUGCACCAUCAGAAAUGGCCAGCUUGGCUGUUUUGAUGCAAUGUCUACCUGCACUGUGUGGGGGGACCCCCACUACAUCACCUUUGAUGGGGCAUUGGCUCAUUUCCAGGGCACAUGCUCUUACAUCAUUAGUGAGAGUGUGAGCCCCAGCACCAAUGAAACCCAGUUUCAGAUAGCAGCCACUAAUAAUCACCGUGGCAACAACCGUGUGUCGUUUGUAUCAGCAGUGGAUGUAUACCUCUCAAAUCAACCAGAGACUGUUAACAUCAGGAUUGGACCCAACAAAAGAGUAACGGUAAAUGGAAGUGAGGUGUCUCUUCCCACCACCGCAGGAACUUUAGCUCAGGUGAUAAGGCAGGGAAGCUACAUAGUGGUCGAUGCCAUCGACUUGAUAGUCCAGUUUGAUGGCUUGAGUACUUUACUAGUCAGAGUAGGUCAAAACCGUGAAAACAGAGUCACAGGGAUGUGUGGAAACUUCAACAAUGACCCUGGAGAUGACAAAGUCUUGCCCAAUGGCACAUUGGCACAAAAUGACAAUAACUUUGGACACAGCUGGAAGGCACCCACAAGCAAACCAGGAUGUGGAUCCACUGAUGAAAGGAGUGGUGAUGGAUUGAACAGCUGUCCCUUUAUGGAAGAAUACUCUGAGCUCUGUAGUGUCAUAACCAACACUAGUGGCCCAUUCAGUGCCUGUCACCUUCACUCUGACCCCCAGCCAUUUUACACUUCCUGUGUCUACGAUCUCUGCCUCUACACUCCAGCCAAUGGCAUGCUGUGCUCUGCUGUCUCAGCCUAUGAGAGAACCUGCUCUGUGCUGGGUUUGAACAUCCCACAGUGGCGCUCGGCUUUGCAAUGUGCUGAGUCAGACCCCUGUGAACAGCUGGACUGCACAGAGUAUGAGUGGUGUGGUGAAAAAGACGGUGUUUACGGCUGCUUCUGUGAUGAGCACCACCAUCGGCCCAACAAUGAGAGCUACGACUCGUCCAUCACUUGUGUCAGUAGCUCAGGCACCAUGUCAGUAUCGCGCUGCCAGCUGUUUGAGGCUGGCUUCCACUCUAGUGCCCUGCAUCUCCGUGAAGACUCCUGCAAUGGGACUCUCCAGGACGGACGACUGGUCUUCCACUUUAACAAUGACGACCACUUGUGUGGGACUGCUCUCAGGAGCAACGGGACCCAUUUCAUCUAUGAGAACACCAUCCAGGGUGACGUGGACCCCCAUGAAGGGCUAAUCAGCCGCCAGAGGAACAUUCAUCUGCGUUUCUGCUGUGAAUACCCUCUGGCCCAGGCCCUGUCCAUGGCUGUGGGCAUCAACCCUGUAGAGAGCGUUGUGAGGAAGAAGCUUCCAUCUGGCCGUGGACAGUACCAUAUGAGAAUGAUACCCUACCAGGACGCUGGCUUCCGUUUCCCCCUGACCAGUAACAGCAACAUCGAAAUGGAAAUUGACCAGAGGUUGUAUGUGGAGGUGCGAACAGAAGGAGUUGAUGAACGGCAGAUCUCCACCAUCCUGGACUCUUGUUGGGCCACACCAGUCAACAUCGCUGGCUACCCUGUCCGCUGGGAUCUCAUUAAUGCAGAGUGUCCUAAUCCAGCAGAUGAUACAGUAGAGCUGGUUCAGAACGGUAUCUCCACUGUGGCCCGAUUCUCAUUCAGGAUGUUCACCUUUACCAACUUUUCAUCCAUCUACCUGCACUGCCAGGUCCACCUGUGCCUUCUGAAACACAACAACUGCUCCGCUCAUUGCUACCCAGGUUACCACAUGCGAAUUAAGAGGGAUGUAUCCUACCAUGCUGCUACAGACAUCUCACUAGGACCACUAGUCCUGAGACAACAUAGCCCAGAUGGAAGGAUGGAAACAAGUGGUGCCUCAGGUCAGUUGACCUCUGUGGUGACUCUGCUAGUCAGUUUGCUGGCUGCCAAAACUCUGACCUAGAGAGAUCGGAGAGGCACAAAACCAGUAAACAGAUGAAUAUACACAUAUUACUCCGGAACAUAUUAAUCAUUCAGUAGUAGCUUAAUCAAUGGGCAUAGAUUUAAGAAUGGUCAGUAACCUUUUCUGUUAUGAUCCAAUAAAAAGUGGAAUGAGAUUCCGUUUUGUGAUGUGAAGGCCUGAAAAAUGUAUAGAUAUUACAGAAUAAUUGGAAAUAUAUCCUGUACAUUGCUUUUUAUUUGUGUUCCUCCCUAAGAGGCUUUGUUUAAAGUUGUGGUAGUUUUUUCUUUGCAACAUUAGAGGGCAGCACAAGAUCAAAUAGACAUUUGGCUCUGUUUUCAUGAAGUUUCCUGCCCACAGGUUUGUAUUUUGUCAUGUUUAUGAGUUGUAUCCUACAGGCUUUUCCAGUGAUUUUUAUUAGUCUAAAAUCUAUAUUUUAUUAGUGUUAAUUAAUAAUGAAGAUGUAAAUGAUAUAUGAGGUGUGAUAAAUUUGUGUGAAAUAUGAAUCCUCAGCAAAUCACUAUAUGACUAUAUAUAAUAUUUGGAUUGUAUUUCUGUUUGAAAAGCCUUGUCCGACUGUUUUUACUGUGAAAAUAGCAAAAAGCAAAGGCGACGACAAUGUGCAUCAUACAAAAGCUGAACUCCCUUGCCUUUGUUAUACUCACUGUCUAUGAUUUUUACUGAUUUUUUCCUUCUACAUUAUUCUUAUAUCCUUUUACCUUAUUUGUAGUGAUUAAUAUAAUUUGCUGUCAUAUAAGAAGUAAUUGUGUAAUAAAGGUUAAAAGUUGAGGUGAUUUCA